UUAGCUCCAAAGAUCAAGACCCCGAUUAUAAUCCAUGAAUCCGUCCAUGGUGCCGCCGGCAAUGGCGCUCCGCCGCGCCGUCCGACAGCUGAUCCUCCUCCUCGCAGUCUUUAUCGCUGCGUCAUCGUCGUUGUCGUCCGUUGUUAUCGCCGCUGAUGAGGCCGGGCCGGCGUACCAGUACACGGCGGGGACCAAGGCCGGGCCGGAGAACUGGUUCAAGCUGAGCCCCAAGUACAGCGCAUGCAACGGCGGCGCCGCCGUCCGGAAGCAGUCCCCGAUCGACAUCACCACAAAGUCCGCCAUCCCGAAACCUGACCUCGACCCGCUCACACGCAAUUACCUCGCCUCCGAUGCCACCCUCGUCAACGACGGCAAACACAUCUCGAUAAUGCUAGCGGGGAAGCCGGGGACGGUCACGAUCGGCGGGAAGGCGUUCGGGCUAAAGAAGCUCCGGUGGCACACGCCGUCGGAGCACCUCAUCAACGGGAAGCGCCACCCGCUCGAGCUCCAGAUGGUGCACGAGAGCGAGUCCGGCUCCGGCGAGGUCGCCAUCAUCGCCAUCCUCUACAAGGUGGGCAAGCCGGACUCGUUUGUGGUGCAGCUGAAGAAGAAGCUGGCAGAGCUGGCGAGGGACAAGUGCAAGUUCUACGACCCGGCGUCGACGGCGGAGGAGGCGCGGGUGGCAGCGGGCACGGUGCACCUCCGGUCGCUGCAGAAGCGGACGGGGAGCUACUUCCGGUACGCCGGGUCGCUGACGCAGCCGCCGUGCUCCGAGGGGGUGAUCUGGAACGUUCUGGGGAAGAUCCGGCAGGUGAGCCAGGAGCAGCUGGACUCGCUGACGGCGCCGUUGCUGUUGGGGGCCCAGCACAAUGCCAGGCCCGUGCAGCCCAUCAAUGGCAGGGUUGUCACCUUCUAUAACCCGCCCAACAGCACCAUCUCCUUCGAGAUGUGAUCUGAUAGUCAUGAUCCAUCCAUUGAUCCAUUGUUAAUCCUGUGGAAUGGAUUUCCAUUUGUGUGCUGCUGAUUGGUUGAUUAGCAUAGGAACUUGUUCUUUCUCCACUCUCUGAUCUUCUACGGUGUACUCUACUGACCGAUUAAAUUUUCUCCUUUGGUAAGUUCUUUCUGCUUGUUUCAAGUUUGAACUGGUCGAUCUGGUGAAUGGAUUGUUCUUAUUUGUAAGAUCUCUGUUAAUUUUCUCAGGCGACCUUGUAACUGUAUAUUGGUUAAUUACUCUGAAAUCUGUGAUGAUAUGGACAUGAAUUACUCUGUAAGUUUUGGUGCUGAUCUUCCAGAUGCCAGAGGCUAGUGCUCACUAAUACUAAUGCAGUGUGUAAUAGACUCCACUUCAGUGGUUUGAAAAAUUCAGUCUUGUUUGA